CGUUCUCGAUAGCUUGUAAGGUGAUAGUGGUGGUCCAUCCGAUACGAGAUGUCGCGUACAUUCUCACAAAGGCGAGGGGAACGCCGAUUAGAAGGCCCUUGAGUUCACGUAUGCCGUGGCUGUAGACGUCGGAUUUGAUCUGGAUGGUUCCUGUGCCGGGGAUGGCGCUGAUAUCGUUGACGCAGUAUGCAUUGCUAGUCCACUUAUCCUCACCGCGUCCGACGUCAAAGUCCAUGUUGUUCAGCGCCUCGUUCUUGAAGUUCUCGUACCAUCUUGUGUUGGACUUCUGGUUGAAUGGAUUCUCGUUCCAGGCCUGGUUGGCUUUCUCGAAGGAUCCUUUGUCUUGGGGCUGGACUACCCAUGGAGCCUGGCCGGAACUGAAUUGAGAUUAAAGGUACCCCUCACUCAGACUAUUGUUUAUUAGCGCUAUUCAUAGAGGUGUCACACGCGUAA